AUGAGCCACAACAUCCUCAUCACGGGCGCUGCCGGUUACAUUGGCGGUUCCGUUCUUGCAAACUUCCUCGCUCGCAGCAGUGGCCCAAUCAAGACAGCCAACCUCUUCGCUGCCGUUCGAUCUGAGGAACAGAUGGAAAAGCUAGCGAACUUGAAUGUUCACGUGGUCCAGCUUGACCUCGCCGAUGAGCGAGCCGUGAAGCAAGUCGUCGCCGACAACGACAUUGACUUCGUUAUAUACACCGCAGGUGUCAUCGACCAGCGCCCCGUGUCUAGUCUCAUCGAGAGUCUCGGCGAGCGUCGUAUGAGCACCGGGCGAGAUGUCUACUUCAUAUACACUGGAGUGUCUACGACUUUUCUCCCGGUUGGUGGCUGGUCAGCUGGGGUGGUCAGAGACACCGAUCAGCUCUUUGAAAAGGAGAAAGAGAUUGGAGGACCCAACCAUGCACGGCUGACUAGUAUCUUCGUCGUGGAGAAAGCCGAAGCUCUUGGCGUGACAGCCUUCAACGUUCCGGUGCCCGUCGUUUAUGGGCGAGGCACUGGCGAGGGACGAAAGCUAUCUGUCAAUAUUCCAGCUUUCGUGAGAUCCAGCAUCAAGCACAAGGUCGUGCACAAGUUCGACGAGGAUGGAAAUGCCCCAGCAGUGCACGUCUCAGACUUGGCUGAACUCUACACCAUCUUGACGGAGAAAACUCUCCUGAAAGAGCCCAUCCCGAGUGGCGCGAAGGGGUACUACUUUGGCGUAGCUCAUCAGGUGUCUUGGUGGGAUGUCAUGCAGAAACUGGCUGAGGUUUUGCACGCCAGAGGACUCGUGACCGAGCCAGCCGCCCAGGUUUGGCCCAGCGACGACGUGGCUGCGGAGGCCCUUGGGUUUCCAAAGUUGUACAUACGCGCAAUGGGAACUGCGAGCGGCAAUCUCGUCUCCGAGAACUCGUGUCAGCUAGGUUGGCAACCGAAGUGGACUCGGGAAAAGUUCUUGGCUUCCAUUGACGAUGAGGUUGAGGAUAUUUUGGAACUCGAUACGGUCAAAACAUCGCUCUUCAGCGAGCUGUUGACCCCUUCUGCAAACUGA